CCGUAAGGCAGGGCACGCUGAGCAAGCCGCGGCGCCCGGGCCGCGUCCCCGCCCUGUUCCCGGUUCUCGGUUCCCGAGCCGAGCCCUGCCGCCUUUAAAUGCCACCCCAGGCCGACGCACUGCGGCCCUCGCCACCGUCAUCCCCUCGCCGCCGCGACCUCCGCGCCAACCGCCUCCCCUCCCCCUCCUGGGCCCGCGGCCGCGCCAGCCUGGGGCGUGCGCGCGCGCCCGUGUGUGCGCGCGCCCGGCUCGGACCCGCGCCCGCCGCCGCGUCCCCGGCGCUCGCUGCAGGAACAUGGCGGGGUCGGUGGCCGACAGCGACGCCGUGGUGAAACUUGAUGAUGGGCACUUAAACAACUCCCUGAGUUCUCCAGUUCAAGCCGACGUGUACUUCCCACGACUGAUAGUCCCAUUUUGUGGGCACAUUAAAGGUGGCAUGAGACCAGGCAAGAAGGUAUUAGUGAUGGGCAUCGUAGAUCUCAACCCCGAAAGUUUUGCCAUCAGCUUGACCUGUGGUGACUCUGAAGAUCCUCCUGCCGAUGUGGCAAUUGAACUCAAAGCUGUGUUCACAGACCGGCAGCUCCUCAGAAACUCUUGUAUAUCAGGAGAAAGAGGUGAAGAGCAGUCGGCAAUCCCUUACUUUCCAUUCAUCCCAGACCAGCCGUUCAGGGUAGAGAUUCUGUGCGAGCACCCACGCUUCAGAGUGUUUGUGGAUGGACACCAACUUUUUGAUUUUUAUCAUCGUAUUCAAACAUUAUCUGCAAUUGACACCAUAAAGAUCAAUGGGGACCUCCAGAUCACCAAACUUGGCUGAUGUUUAAAGCACUUUCUAUUUCAAAUAUGAUCGAUCAGGUGCCACAACUACAUGUCUGAAAGAAGUGUCUUAGCCAGAUCUGGAAACUUAAAAAGAAAACAAAAACAAAGACAGACGUCACUGUCUCUUUCUGUGCAGUUUAAGUCCAGAAUGACAACUUCAUCUGUGGUUUGCCCAGAAGAGGAAAGCUCGCAAGAAAGACACCGAGCCAUUAUGCCCAGAACAAAGUAAUACAUUUAUGCUGGAUUUUAUUCAGACUAAACUAAAAUGGAUUUGUGAUGAUUUGUGAUUUGGUAGCAAUUACUCAUCAUUUCAAAGCAAGGUGAUAUUUAGAAACAAAAGUGCUAAAGACCUUAAAAACAACAACGGUACAUCAAAUCGAUGCAUUUCUGCACUGACGUAGAAUUGCGUAGCACAACCGACAUUUUAGUCAGGGUAAAAUUACAUAGAAUGUAGAUUGUGCAAAGUUUGGUUCUUAUGUUUUCUUGGGGGUUGUUUUGUUUUUUGGUUUUGUUUUGGUUUUUGGCACAGUAUCAUGUUAACUUGGAUUUUUAAGCGUUCUCAAUUAAUUUAUUUAUAUUUAGUAUAUGUAUUAAUGUAUCAGAGAAUGAGCAAUGUCUACAAAUUAUGAACUUAGGUCUGAGGGGGAAAUUUAUGUAUUACAAGCAUAAAAUAAGUGGAUUUUUUACCUUGAAGAACUUGAGCAUAUUCUCCUUACCCCUCAACCUUGGCUUCUUAACAUAAAUUGCUAUAAAUGCUUUUGGGGACAUUUUUGCAAUACUUCGAUAAAACUCUAAAGUUCUUGUCGAUGAUGUGAACUUUUGUUUGCAUUGCUUUUUCUCCUUCCUGUGAAUUAGCACAGUAUUGGCUUCCUUAAGGCUAACUACUCCUUAGAUUUACAUAAUAAUAGCUCAUUAUGUUGUUACUAAAUUAAUGGAAAGCAUAUAAGAGGUUGAUUGCAUAGACAGCUUUUAAAAUAGCUAUAUAUCAGUUUUUAAUAGUAUGCUAUGAAAAUGAUUCCAGAAUGCAGUGUAAAGCAGAAGCAAGUUGCCUCAAAUUACUUACUGAGAAAUAAUUUGUAUCAACCUUGGCUGUUAGCUCAUUGUAUAAUUUUUCUUCUGAGACCCCCAGCAUCCCUGAGCAAUGCCUUUGGAGCUUCUGAGUAGACAGUGCUGCCUCCCUGGUGGAUAAGAUGGGAUCCAGUUAGGUCAUCUGAAAGAUUAAGUCCCAGGAUUUCAGGUCUUUUAGUCCAGCCAAUAGUGAUCAUGCUUCCAGGGAUGCUGCUUCCCUGUGCUUACAGAACUACCAAUAGGCAAGGCUAUUAUCAUCUGCAAGGCUAGGGAUGCUUGGCAUUUCCUACACUGCAUUGGUCCUAGAGGAAGGGCCGUUGGCAUUGCUUUGGGCAGGUAGAAGAAGGGGAUGCUGGGUGGGGUGUAUUUAUAUAUAAUUUAGGUUUUGUUUGUACAGUGUAUGUGUCUUAUUAGGGCAUCUCCUCAUCCUUCUUUGCUUUUAAGGUUUUUUACACAACAUGCAGAGGCACUGAAGUGGCCAUGUCAUCUUCAUGUGUCAAGAAUGUAGACAGUGUUUCAGAACCAAAGUCUAAGAUAAACAAAGCAAACUAAAAUAAGGAAUUUUUAUAGAUGAUAUAUUUGGAUUCUUCUCAACUUUGAAACUGUUUAGCACAGUUCCAUGAUGUUAUAUACAAAGACUUGUCCACCAAACAGCUGCAUCUUAAAAAGCUUUGUGUUCUAGCUGGCUUCUCAACCGCAGUCAGCCAUAAGAGCUGUUUUGUAGCUCCGGGUGUUUUUUUUUUUUAAGCCUGUAAGCAAUUUCUCAUGGGUUGAGAAGCCACUUUAGAGGAGUGUCUGUCAAGAGACUUAGAACACACCCCGAAAAACAUUUGUAAGAUUUAGAUUCGAUUCACGCAGUAAUCAUCCCCCCAGGACGGAUCUUCUGAGUGGGCAAGCAUGUGUAAUUCAGCAGAUGCUUGGGGAAUGAGGCGGAUGAGAGAUUAGAAGCAACUUUUCUCUCCACCUGUCAGCUAACUCAUAAGCAGCCAAUCCCUUGGGCUGCUUGGUAUGGAAAAGCAGUAUUAAACUCCCAGAUCAGCCACCUGAGAGCCAUCUAAGUGGUACGUUGAGUUGAUUUUGGACUAGUUAAAAAAAUAGGAGCCACAGCCCAACUCACUGUCCAAAUGGCUAGCUAGAAACUAGGACAAGUUCACACUCUCCUCAGCCUGAGAGGUCUAAUGUGGGAAAUUCAGGAUGGAAAGUGCAAUUUAAAGCUUCAUGGGGAAAGUAUUUGCAUACACAAGGAGUUAUAUCCACCCAGAGCCCUAGUUUUGCAAUAACCAAAACCAAGGGAUAACAAUCAGGCUCUGGGGAAAUAAGCAGGCUUUAGACAAUCUGCAGCAAAAGUGGAGUAAAUGUGUCUAUCUAUCAAGUUAACAGAAUGACUUCUACUUCCUGGGCUAUCCCAGAAUUGUCUUAAAAUUAUUAUUUUUUUUAAAUUUUGAAGCCCAGUUUCAAAUCUUGCCAACUUCUCUAAAACUCCCUAAGAGAUCACUCUUAGAGUCGAUGAUGCGUUAAGUGGCAAAUCCAUGUGCAUUAAGAGAAAAAUAUCCAAAAAAGGAUCAAGCCCUAUUGCCUUGAGAAAACAGCUUUGGCAUUUUCUGGCAUUAAUGUAAAGAUAAUGUUCCUAUGAUGACAUAUUUUCAAAGAAACACUUUCUUAUUUACUGCGUGGUGUAAACUGUUGUUAAAUGUGUUGUUACAUUAUGUCACUGCUGAAAGUUAUUUGCACUAUAAUAAAGGAAUUUUCUACAAGAUA